GAGAGCACAAGCGAAUGUCGUUUAGUGAGGGCGUCUCAGUGCUAAAAUCGUUUCAGAUUCCCGAUUUGGGUAAUUGUAUACUUUUUUUCGUUGGCCGUGCAUUGUUUACUGACAGUGUCCCUCACGCUCUUCGAGUUACAGCUGAAAAACGCCUUUCCGAUCGUCGAAGUUGCUCACGUUUAUCAAGUCACGCAUUAUCGUCCAUGAACGAGUGCAGGGUGUCCCAUGUGUCCCUAUGUCCUCUGUAUCCAUAUCAAAAAUCAAAAGAACGGAUUAGCACGUCGCCGAAGAGGCCACACAAGCCACUGCAUACCUCGCUCGUAUCUACACCAUUACUGGCCACAUCUACAGUGAGCAAAUAUUGUAAAAAUCUAUACGCUCUUGAUGUGUAUCGGAAAUUCGGUGCAUUGACGAUCGGAGAAUAUACCAAGUGGCCACGCACUCAACAAAUAUGUUUUCCCUGCUUUAGUGACAACAAUUGGGCCAAUCGUUGCAAAGAACAUAAGAAAUGCUCAGUGAGUUCACACUUACACCACAAACUACUACACCUAGGUUUAUGACAUCGUCCCGUCCUCUAAUUCGACACCUCCAGCCACGUCGACAUCGCCUUUUCUGGGUACGGUUCACUAUUGGUUUUGCUAGGUACGGCAUUAGUCCACGUACGAGACCGAGCUGAAAGAUUCCAGCCUGCGUGUACAUUAAUCAACUCCACGUUGGCGCAAUACGAUUGUCUCCGCAAAGCAAUUGGGCUGCGUUGGUCCAAGUUGACCGCCCCUAUAACUGGAGCUUAACAAAGUAACGUACAGGAUCAACUGUGUGCCAUUCCUGGCAUUACGAGUUAUGCAGGAGAUUGCGGAUGUUGACUGCGUGAAUCGGUCACACACUUAGCACACCCUUCGUCAUCAGACACACGUUGAUGACAAUUGUUUCUGAGCCGAUACCGUAAACGAGGCACUUGCUGCACAAGCUGAGCUUAACUGUGCUCUCGCCAGCGCCAGACUCGAGUUACGGAAAUGAGUGAGUAAUACUGACGCCAUGUUGCAAACCGUUCCAUGUGGAUUUCGGGUGACGAAAUCGGUGACCUUCGCCAAAAAUACCAGCGGAGACACUAAGGUCCUUGGUCUCAUUUAGGGCACGGUAUAUUACUAUUUUAGCUGUGAACCGGCCCUCGACUUCCCAGCCGUCUUCACUAAACACGGCAUUCUGUUACUGAUUACCCGGUUUUACGAUUCGCUCAGUUUUUUCGCACCAAUGAUUUUUUCGGACAAAACCAUUGUGCUACGCACUUGGCAAAAACGGGGUUUUGUGUUCGAAAAUUAUAUGUUCGAAUGCUGUAAGUUCGAACGUCAAGAGUUCGAAAGAUUAUACACUAGAAAGAUAGUAUGUUCGAAAUUAUUGAAAAACAAAAACAAGAGGAAUUAUAAUAUUUAUUAAUUUAUCAUUUGUUUUAAAAUUAAAAUUUCAAAAAUUCAUACAAUUUAGUGUUAAUAAUUAAUGUAAAUGUUAAUAAAGAAACUCCUAAAAACUUGAAUUUUACGAUAUUCCUUGUAUAAACUCAAUAAUACUGAAACCUGUAUUUUUUAGUCUGAGAACUAAAUUUUUAAUUCUUUGUUCCCGUUUUUCUUUUCUUAUAUGUUCAGCCUUGAAUGAGUUGUUCUAUAGAGUUUUCAGUAUCAUUCUCAAUUUUUUUGAACUGUCUUAUCAACUUGUAAACCCCUGGUUGUUUCGAUACUAAUCUGUGAACAUUUUUUAAGGGUCAUGUUANAAAAUUUGUUCACCCUCUCCUUUAACCUUGACAAAUCCAGCUUGUUCUGGUGAUAUCUAACUACCUACGUAGUACUUCAGCCUUACAUGGAUGAUGUUCAGUAGGACUUUGGAAGCAUGCGAGAUUAGGGAGAUGGUGCGGUAGUUGUUGCAUUAUUUUUUAUGAAGUGGUUUAAAUAUGAAUUCCACCCAUUCUUUGGGCCAUGAAUGGCCCAUCUCCUUAGCUUGAAAUUCCUAGUGAGCAUCUUAAUUUCUUUGACUUAUUAACACAAGUAUAACAGGCAAAUAUAAGUUUUCCGUUAACCAUAUAAAAUUUCUAUGAAUAUUUGUAACUAAAUUACAAUGAAAAAGCUCUCUAGGAUAAUGGAGCAACUGUUAUAGGUAAUUUAAUGUAUACGUGUAAGCAAACAUUUUUAAUGAUAGAACGGUUCUGAACAGAAUUCAGUUGAUAGUGACGCUUUGUCAACAAUAUACAUGUUAAAUUAUGGUAAAAUAAUUAAAUAGGAAAGAUAUAUUAUCUUUAAUAAUAUUUGUUUAAUAUUGUACAGAUAUUCCUGUUUUUCCUACGGUUUCUCGAAUUUUUCCCAGUUUAUCACUUUGACUGGGAAAACUAUUGGAAUCAAGAAUGAGCUCGUUAAAAGACUUUCGUAGUCAAAUUUCCAUCCAUAAAAAGUGCUUUCAUUGUAAAUUUGAGCAAAAUUGCUGGUAGAAAAGUUGUCUUCAGAAAAAAUUCCGUAACUCAUUAACUACUUUAUUAAUAAUUUCGCACAUUUUCCCGUUUUCCCUCCAUUUUUUUGUCUCGGUUUUUCACAUUUGAUGAGAAAUCUUCUGAGAAAAUCAAAAAAUAUCUUCCUUAAAGUACCAUCCACCGAAAAUUAUAAUUUCCCUUCGGGAAAGGUUUUAUAUCGUAUAUAUCGGAGUAAACUUUCUUUUUUAAAAAAAAAAAAUACAUCUUUGUAAAACCAUUACAUUCAUCGCUAUACUCAAAACUUAAAAUUAUAAUGUUACCAAUAAUUAAUAUUUCUUUUUUUUCUCUUUUUACUCUAGGACUAGAUCAGCUAGAAAAAGGUAAGUUUUAUUAUAAAUAUUUCAUAUAGCUGUAUUCAGAAAGCCUAUAUUAUAAGUUAAUGUUGAAUUCAAUACUGUAUUACAUUUUCACUGAUUUCUAAUCUGAAAAAAAUGUUAACCAAUCUUCUUCUUAUUCAUUUGGCCCUUAAUACUCCUAAGAAUUUUAACCGCCAUCACUUAAUCUCUCCAUUUUUCUCGGUCCCGGGCUAAUUCUCUCUGUUCUUGAACUCCCAUUCUUUCCAGGUCUUCUUCCGCUGUGUCUAAUCAUCUUUUCCUUGGUCUAUCUCGGGUUUCUUUACCGUUAGCUUUCAUUCCAGCACUGCUUUAUUAAUAUCAUCCUCAUUUCGCAGCCACACGUUGCAAGCCGUUUUUAUUUUUGAUCCUUUGUCCUCCUAUGAAGAUUACUACUAAAACCAUGUUUAUUUCUUCCUAUAACACCCUGUUAUAUUUUCUUCUCUAUGUUCCUUUUUCAUCAUCAUAUACCGGUCGUACUAAACAUAAUAAAUAAUUUUCCUUCCAAAUUGUCAUGAUUUAGUUUCAAGUGUAAAACAGGUUUCAGUUUUAUGAUUUAGUUUUGUCCCAAGUUUAUGUACCUAAUCAUACCACAAUAUCCGUAUUGAGUUUAAACAUCAUCGGUGUACUGUAUUGAAUUAUACUACUUUAAUGAGCUUCAUUUCAUAGUAUCAUGAUUAGGAAUAAUAUAAACUAUUAACUAUAUAAACUAUAUUCCUAAAUCAUAUUAUUUGACUAUAAAAUAAAUUGUUUACAUUUAUUAAUAUUAAAUAAUGUAUUAUUUAUAUAAUAAUAACUAUGGCCAUUCAAGAAGUCUGUGCGAAACAGCUCUGUUAUAGUCUUUGCAUUCCUUGAUAUUGUAACUGCACCUCUACACGUCACUGAAAACUGACCAUUGCCCACUUAGUGUAAAACAAUCUCGGCUUAAAUAAAAUUAGUUUACUAUCGAUAUCAAUAAAGCUCAUUAUAAGUAUAAUAUAAUAUAGAUGGGGCAUCCGAAACAAAAUAAUACUCAGAUAAUCCAACCUAACCUAACAGAAUAAUGAUAUUUUUCUGUAUUAUAUAGGUACUAUAAAUAAUGUUAUUAUAAUUUAUAAAAAAUUAUAAAGAAACCUAUUAUUAAUAUUCUCUCUUUUUUUUUUACUAGAACAAAGAUCUCCAAAAUAACUACGUAAGUUGUAUUUUAAAUAUUUCAUAGUCAUUAUAUAUUUUGUUUGUUCAUAUAAAGUUUCUCAAAAAAAAACUGAGGAGAAGAGGGAAAAUGUAUGAAAUAUAGGUAUUAGUUAAAAAUAUUAUGGCCUUCUUUUUUCUUGUGGGCAACUUUUCUGUCAGCAAUUUUCCGACAACUUAUAAUGAUAAAGAAGGAUAAAUCCUAAAAGGAAAUUUCAAUGGAAAGAUACUUAAAAUAAAUUUUUUCCAAUUUUCUCAGAAGUUCUCAAUAAAUGUAAAAAACCGAAAAAAACGGAGGAAUACUGGAAAAACGGGAUCCACUUUUAAUUUGGAAUUUGGAAUAAUUAGAAUUUUACCAUAAUAUUACAUAUUAUNAUUAAACAAAUAUUAAAUAAAACCCAUUUAAUUAUAUUACUAUAAAAUGGCAUAUGUAUUGUUGACAUAGCAUCAAUAUCAACUGAACUCCGUUUAGAAUCGUUUUUUCGUUAGCAAUGGUUUAUCAUUGCUUACAGGUGUACAUUAAAUUUCUUAAAACGGUGGCUGCGCCCGUCCCUAUUAUCCUAGGGCGUCUUUUUAUUAUAUUCUUCGCCUAAUAAUUAACAUAAAAAUACAAUUUUAAAUAACAUAAAAGAAUAUCUACUAAUUAUUUAAUACUUUUUAUAAUAGAUGGCAUUCUAUAGGCAACAAUUGUAUCUUUGAUCGUGGUACCUUAAGCAAGUAUACUUUAAUUUGAUUCAUUAAAUAGACAAAAGGUUUUAAAAGUUUAAAUACAAAUAAAUUAUUGCACAAAUUAAUCAUAUGUUUUCGCUUUUUUUGUACCUACUGAUGAUUUUGUAAAACUAUAACCUGUGGUAAACACACACAACAU